AUGCCCACUUCGACUUUACCGAAAGGAGUUAGGGUUAUCAAGUUUGCGGUACCAUGGAAAGAAUGGCCUUCGAGUAUCAAAAACGAGCUCUACACAAUAGGUUGGAUUUGCGCACUUCCCGUUGAGAUGACAGCAGCUAUGGCUAUGCUUGAUCGGAUUCACGGGAAUGGGCAACCACAAAUCCGCAACAGUAGUGACAGUAACAAUUACAUACUAGGCAGCAUCGGCGACCACAACGUGGUUAUUGCAUGCCUUCCCGCCGGUGAUUACGGCACAACACCCGCCGCAACCGUGGCGAGCCAGAUGCAAUCCAGCUUCAGCUCAAUCAGAGUUGGUUUACUGGUAGGAGUCGGUGGUGGCGUUCCAAGCCAACAGAAUGAUGUCAGGCUGGGCGAUGUGGUCGUGAGCACACCAGGCCAUACCGGCGGUGCCGUGGUGCAGUACGACCUAGGGAAAAGGCUUUCACAUGGACACUUCUCUCGGAGAGGCUCUUUGAACAAGCCUCCGGGGGUUGUUCUCACGGCAAUUACUAGAUUGAGGGCUGAACAUUUGACGAGAAGGAGUAAAAUAGCUGCCCGGAUAGAUGCCUUUUUGGAAAAAUAUCCUGAGUCGAGAUCCAUAUUCUCGCACCCUGGCCCAGCUCAAGAUCACCUGUACGAUGCAGUCUAUAACCAUCCUCCGAGGGCUGAAACUUGCGAUAACUGUGAAAAGAGCAGAGUCUUGAAGAGAGAGCAUCGACAAACUCUAGACCCGGUCAUGCACUAUGGCCCUAUCGCAUCAGGAAACUCCGUGAUCAAGGACGCCACUACAAGAGACCACCUGGGAAAGGAACUGGGGGUUCUCUGUUUCGAGAUGGAAGCCGCAGGGCUGAUGGAUAAUUUCCCUUGCCUGGUCGUCCGGGGCAUCUGCGAUUACUCUGACUCCCAUAAAAACAAGAUCUGGCAAGGCUAUGCUGCCCUUACAGCUGCCGCUUAUAUCAGAGAGUUGCUGGAAUUUUUGCCUGCUAAGACUAUGGAGCAGCUGCCACCUGUACGGAUACGCACUCCUUUGAUAGGCUCUGUGUUCUACUUCAUUCUCGGUCAUACCUGGGGGUCCAGGCAAUCCGUUGUCUUGCCUGACGGGAAGGAAUAUUUCUUGCCAAGUGACUCUGGUGGUGGUGAGGAUGGCGAUGAUGGUGGCGAUGAUGGUGAUGGUGACUGA